GCCUUCCACCAGGCAGCAAACCUCCUCUCCAGAUGAUGAGCCCAGUGGCCAUGGCAGCAGCUGCUUCAGGAAAGCUCCCCCCGAAGACGGCGACGGUGCCCCCUCUCCACCAGGUGUCGCCUAGCAACGGCCUCAGCACCAGUGCGGCAGGGGGUUCCCUCAGCGGCAGCCACACCUCUAGCUUUGCCGCAGCUCUGCGCAAACUGGCGCACCAGGCAAAGGAUCCUGCAGAAGAGGCCAUCUUAAAGCACGGUGGAUCCCCUCCCUCCAGCCACAGUCCGCGGGCAGCUACCCCGAAAAGGCCCCCCUUGAUGUUCCCGGCCCACUCCAGCUCCCCGGCCAGCUUGACCUCUCCCCCUGUGGUCACCAUAGCUCCCACCCAGGCUCACCACCACGCCAGUCUAGCCAGUUCUGACAGCAGACAGAACAUGGAGCGAGUGCCUACAGCUCACAGUUCCUCGUCGUACGAGCACAGCGGGAAGCACGAGCGGGAGCAGCGCCCUCUGUCCUCUCUGUCACGGGAGGAAGAGAGAGCAGCGGGGAAAGACAACCCCUUGUCGCGGACACCGUCUCGGGCACACCCUCAAGCAUCGACAACCCCGAACGGCGUAGGUCUGUCCAGUCAGGCCCUGGACAUGUACACCCGCAGCCUGCAGGCUUUCAGAGCCGAGGAGGAAGCUGCUCGGCAUGGCCUCCCGCUGCCGUACACUCUCGACCCAGCCGCUUAUGCUGCUGCUGCGGCUGCGGCUGCCGCCUACCACCCUGCGUUGCUGCAGCAGCAGGCUGCCUUUGCUGCUCAGAGCCCCUUCAGGUUUGACGACCCACUCUUGCUGGAGCGUUACCGGAUGCUGCAGUCUCCGUACCUGCCGUUCCCCGCUGGGGGCCUGCUGUCCCCUCAUGCCGGAGCACUGGGCAUGCACCCUAUGCUGGCCGCAGCGGCUGCCGCUCAGCAGCGCUACCCAGCGGACCUUGCCCUCCUCCAGCAGCAGUACCAGUAUCUGGGAGCUGGACAUCCGCUGUUGGACCCUAGGUUUGCUGCUCAGGCAGCGUUGUUAGAGAGAUCUCGGCUGGAAGAAGAGAAAGCCAGAGACUUGAUAGAGAAGGAACGAGAGAGAGAACGUGAGAGGGAAAGGGAGAAGUCCCUGGACAGAGAAAUAGAACGAGAGGCUGCUCUUCGGUCUGAGAGAGAGCGCAAACAUAGUCUGGAGAGGUCUGUGCGAGAGAGCCAGGAAAGAGAGCACCGUCGGAGUAUGGAGAGGGCGGCCAGGGAGAGCAGCGAGCAAGAGAGACGACUCAGCCUGGAGAGGUCUGCCAAGGAGUUACUGGAGAGGCGAGAUAUCUUGACGGUACCGUCCAGACUGCCCGCUUCCCACGGCGCCGAACGUGGCCCAGAGUCUCAUCACAAGUCCCAUGGUGACGGACACGGGGCUCGACACUCUACCAUCGGGCGACCGAGCUCCUCCCAGGCCAAGGUGGAGCCUCACAAUCUGAGCUCCAAGCUCAGCCCGUCAGGGUAUCCACUGAGCUCUCGGGAAGCAGCUGAUCAGCAUGCAGGCCUUGCCUCACACUCACAUUCCUACAGCAAAUCUCAUGAAAGUGCAGCAACAGCAGCCUACAAUGCUGCCUUGGUGAAGCCGCACACGCUGGAAAAGGGUCAUGACUACCUACCUGCUCACGCACACAGGGACAGUCGUUCCGGCCACAAGGACCCUCGCGAGUCGCCCCGAUCUAGUAGCGUGGGCUCCAACAUCCCCCCUGGCUUCCCUCUGUCGUACUACCACCAGCCCUCUCACUUGAUACCCGGUGCUUCGUCGGCUGUGUCUCCCUCAGAUGCGCAGCACCCCCCUCGCUCUUUGCAUCCUUCUCAUUUGUCCCCAUCCUCGUCAUCCUCCACUCAUCAUUCUGAUAAAGUGAGGCGUAGCUCUGAUUCUUCAGGAAUUUUCCGCCCUUUUGAUGACGACAGCAAGCCUUCAGACUCAAGCCAUCAUCCAAGUAGUCAGCGCAAUGUCUCACAGAACCACCACCACCACCACCAGCCUCAUCAUCAUCACAGCAGUUCUUCAUCAUCCACUCCCUCUCAAUCUCAGCAACAUCACAGACACCACCACGGCCACCGUCCCACCAGUCCCUCAAAGUCAUCUGAGAUCCUUACCAUUCCGUCGGUGAAAGUUCACCCUCAAGAGCGGGGCUCCAACCCUCCCAGCAAAGUCCUAUACAACUCUCACGAGCGUUUGCCUUCAUCGUCCUUGUCAGCCCAUCCGUCAUCUCAAGUAUCGCCCCAAUACGGGAAAACAAGCAACAUAUCCAACUGCAUAAAUGACAGGAUUGAACGUUUUGACUUUAAAAGUCUUGCCCGAGAGUGCAUGUCUUCAACAGCUUCGGGUUUGCCUUCAGAGAAAGCUGGAGCAGCCACUGGUGCAGAAGUAUGUGAGAUAGCAACAAGUGUGCCCGCUGCAAAGGCGAUGGACGUGCAACCCAAACGGUGCCUCAGCAAACUGGAUCGCCAGGAGUUAAGAGUGAGAGAAAGAAGGAAGAGAGGGGAAGACACCGAGUCUGACACUGAGAUGGAUGAAGAUGAGAGAAUUGCAGCACGUCUCACUAUGAUAGGCCGGGCUACACCAAUACCUUUAGAUACUCCUACCGAGAAGAUGGAAAUAUUUGAGUACCUUGGUAUCACCACUUUGAAAAGGAAAGAAGAACUCCAACGGAAGAAGGAGGUCCGUCGGCGGCAUCAGCUGCGGAUGUCAAGUGUUAGCCCUGUCCGUCGCCAUGACGACGACAGCUGUACUGCUGGCUGGCACAGCCCGUGGCUCCAGGAGGGCCUGCUGCCAGAGAUGGGCCCCAUCCACCCGGACGAGCUUUCCAGUGAGCCGGAUGUCCAUGACAAGUCGCGGUUUCUCUCGGGCCUAGGACUGCAGGUCCUCACACAUACUCAGAGAGAUGAAUUGCAAAGGAAGAGGUUCUUCAGAGUAGCCCUGUCUAAGCUGAGACGAAACGGAUUGAUGCCCUCCCGGUCCCUGGACAGUCUCAAUCUAGAGACUGGUUCGUGUGGUGUGAAAAGAAAAUUUGAUGAAAUGAACCCAAACCAUCCGGCCCCAACAAGCAUGAAGGAACAAAAAACAGCGCUAAGAAUCUCAGCUCCCUGUCACCCGACGCUGAAGGGGGACAGCUCUGUGGCCCACACCUCACACCCCCACCUCUUGACUUUCACCAACAACCACGACCACAACAACCACCACCACCACCACCAUCACCACCACCAACAACAACAUAAUCACCAAAACCGCCAGCACCGUCAUCCCGUUCCAUCGGUGCUGGAACCCGCCCCCCGGCGUGACAACCGUAAGCCGUCUGCUGCCGCCACCACCACCACCUCCUCGUCCUCCUCCACCAUAAAGCAAGCUGUGAUAUUCCCUGAGCCCAAGUCCUCAGCCCGCAGUGGCCCGCAGCCUUCAGCUAGUCGUGAGUUUGCCGAGCGAUUCCACAAAUCAGUGCUGGAGCAGUCUGGGCUGGAUCACUCUCGCGUGCCUCGACAAGAAGUCCCUGCAGUGACCAGCAGUAUUAGCAGUGUGCCCGUGCCAUCCUCCAGCGCCAGCAGCCAGUCUCAGUCUCAGUCUCGCCCCCUCCAGGAAUCGGCGGCCGCUCCUCCCCCGAGCGCCACCAGUAGCCGCAGUGCCAGCGGCAUGACUGCAGUCUACCCAGGGUUCCACAUGCCCCCUGGGAUACCGCCCAGUCUUUACGCCAGCCUGGCAUGGCCGAGGCACGGACUAGGGCCUGGAGCUGGUGCAGCGGGUCUCGAGCAUUUUUCCCGGCCUAGGGAAGGCGCUGCUGAUUUAUCACAGCAGCAACAGCAGGCUGAACUCCAGCUGCUAAUGAGCAGGUGUCAACAGCAGCAGCAGCAGCAGGCAAGCAGCGACCAGAUGGACAGGCUUUCUGAGAGCUACGGAAGACACAUGGCUGCGUUUUUGGAGGAACGUCAGAGGAUGGAGGAGGAGCGCAAGCAGCACCAGGGGGCCAUGGACAACCUCAAGCGCAACUUCUACAACUUUAGCUGAGGCUCAACUCCUACAACUUUAGCUGAGGUUCAACUCAACACCUACAACUUUAGCUGAGGUUCAACUCAACACCUACAACUUUAGCUGAGGUUCAACUCCUACAACUUUAGCUGAGGCUCAACACCUACAACUUUAGCUGAGGCUCAACACCUACGUCUUUAGUUACAACUUUAGCUGAGACUCAACUUCUACGACUUACACUAAAGUUCAACACCUACACAGAACUAACUCUCAGUAUCCCUGAGGGGAAAAUUUCCUUCCUGGAACCCAUGUGCGAGCGAGACUCAUUUGGAUGGAGUUAAGAUUUUGCAAUCACUCGUGAGAAAUGGACUAAAAGGGGCUUUUCUUUUGAAUAGCUUGGAUGAGUGUUUCAGGAGUCAUUGAAUAUAACAUGUAACUUUGGCAAGUCUUAUAAUGUAUACUGGGUAUAUAUAUAUAUAUAUAUAUAUAUAUAGACUGGCUGAGGGAUUUUUUGUUGGCCACCUGUGAACAGUUUAAUGACCACAUACCUUACUGUGCUCCUAUCGUCAAUCCUUUUUUUUUCUCGCUUUCCUCUGCACCGAAUAACCAGAGUCAUGCCUCUCUCUCUCUCUCCCCCCCACACUCCCCCCACAUACUCCCCAGUCCUCCACCCCUCUAUCUUGUGGUCCUGCACGGUCGUGUGCGUCAGUGUGAGGCAGGUGAUGUUUGAGAGAGUGGAUGGAAGCUGAGAGUCACCAGUCCAGUAGAAUUGCUGCCCUAUUCUGUCUAUGACAUGCGUUGAAAACCACAAUAGAAAUGUUUAUCUGCACCCAUAUAUAUAUAUAUAUAAUAAUGUUUAGAUGAUUGUUGCCGAUUGUACAGUUUUGUUGUUGUUGUUGUUUUCUUAUACGUACUACAACAAUGAAUGUUUCUUUUGUAUUGUAGGUGUGAUCUCCCUUGAUUCCUGUGGCUGUUUGUGUUUCGCUUUUGUUACAUUUUUACACUUGUGAUGUUAACAAUUUGCUCUACAUUUUCAAGUUGUUUCGACUUUAUAUUGCUUGUGUUGUCACUUUUGCCAUACAAUCUGUUGUGAGUCGUGAGUCCGAGAUAGAAUGUUCUGGGGUGUGAAGUCUCAAGUCAAGCAAAGUGGUAACAAACAAAGAGGUUUGCCCGUUUCUGUGUUGAUUCCUGCAGUCCUGAGAGCUAUUUCUUUUGAUCGUCUUAUUCCUCAAACCACUUCAAGCCAUCCCUAUGUGAACAUUUCUGCUCGCUGCCUUUUUCUCAUGUUGGACUGCUGUCCACACCCUCAACUUUCCUGGGUUAUGAUCAAUUCCGGUUGUAAUGAGCGCCAGCUUGCUCUCCACAUUCCUGUCAGUAACAUAUUAUUGGUAUGUUGUUGUGAUCUUAGCAAAGCUCUGUGUGUGUGUGUGUGUGUACGUUGGAGUGUGUUUGUAAUUGUUCCUUAACUCUUUAUCUCCGGCAAGGCGCUCCCAUCGUGCCGGCUCGGUCACAUUCCUUUACGAGGACUUCGACAUCAAAUUACUUUUUGGCAAUUGCCGAACACAGGUCUCUUAUACCAGAAGU